AUGGAGGAGGACGUUCUGGACAAACUCGAGGACAUGGCGUCGGUGCAGGACUUCGACCCCCUCACGGGCAGCAUCCCGGCCACCAAAGUGGAGAUCACGGUCUCCUGCAGGAAUCUUUUGGAUAAAGAUACAUUCUCCAAGUCUGACCCAUUGUGUGUGCUGUAUACUCAGGGCAUAGAGACCAAGCAGUGGAGAGAGUUUGGCAGGACAGAAGUCAUUGACAACACCUUGAACCCUGACUUUGUGCGGAAGUUCAUCCUCGAUUACUUUUUUGAAGAGAAGCAGAAUUUGCGCUUUGAUCUUUAUGAUGUAGAUUCCAAGAGUCCAGACCUGACCAAACAUGAUUUCCUUGGUCAAACAUUCUGUACUCUGGGGGAGAUUGUUGGAUCACCAGGAAGUCGCUUGGAGAAGCCUUUGAUAAUGGGAGCAUUUACAUUACAUUCCAAAACUGGGAAGCCUAUGCCAUCUGUCUCCAAUGGAGAAAUUCCGGGGAAAAAGUGUGGCACCAUCAUUCUCUCAGCUGAAGAACUGGGCAAUUGUAGGGAUGUGGCCACAAUGCAGUUCUGUGCCAACAAGCUGGACAAGAAAGACUUCUUUGGGAAAUCAGACCCUUUCAUGGUAUUCUUCAGAAGUAACGAAGAUGGAACAUUUACCAUUUGUCAUAAAACUGAAGUGGUGAAGAACACUCUGAAUCCAGUAUGGCAAUCAUUCGCUAUCCCUGUGCGAGCCUUGUGCAAUGGAGACUAUGACAGAACCAUAAAAGUAGAGGUAUAUGACUGGGAUCGAGAUGGCAGUCAUGAUUUCAUUGGAGAGUUUACAACCAGCUAUAGAGAACUGGCACGAGGACAAAGCCAGUUUAAUGUCUAUGAGGUGGUAAAUCCCAAAAAGAAAAUGAAGAAAAAGAAAUACUCUAAUUCAGGAACAGUAACAUUGCUGUCAUUUGCCACUGAAUCAGAACAUACGUUUCUAGAUUACAUCAAAGGAGGGACACAGAUCAAUUUCACAGUGGCCAUUGAUUUCACAGCUUCCAAUGGCAAUCCUUCUCAGUCUACCUCCCUUCAUUACAUGAAUCCAUACCAGCUCAAUGCAUAUGCCAUGGCACUGAAGGCUGUUGGGGAGAUCAUCCAGGACUAUGACAGUGAUAAAAUGUUCCCAGCGCUUGGGUUUGGAGCCAAGAUUCCCCCCGAUGGGCGUGUCUCUCAUGAGUUCCCUUUGAAUGGCAACUGUGACAAUCCUCACUGUAGUGGAAUAGAAGGAAUCCUUGAAGCAUAUCACCAGAGCCUCAAGACUGUGCAGCUCUAUGGCCCAACUAACUUUGCACCAGUGGUCAACCAUGUGGCUGGAUAUGCCUCGGCUGUGCAAGAUGGCUCCCAGUAUUUCGUUUUACUCAUCAUCACGGAUGGUGUGAUAUCAGACAUGGCUCAGACAAAAGAAGCAAUUGUCAAUGCUGCCAAACUUCCAAUGUCUAUAAUAAUUGUGGGUGUUGGACAGGCUGAAUUUGAUGCAAUGGUGGAAUUGGAUGGAGAUGAUGUUCGGAUCACAUCUCGUGGAAGGACUGCUGAACGUGACAUUGUCCAGUUUGUACCAUUCCGCGAUUACAUUGACCGCACUGGCAACCACGUCUUGAGUAUGGCACGGCUGGCUAAGGACGUGCUGGCUGAGAUUCCAGAUCAGUUCAUCUCCUACAUGAAGGGGCGUGGCAUCAAACCUAAUCCAGCUCCACCUCCUUACUUUCCCUCAAGCCACACCCUUCAGACCGAAAUCUGAAGAUCGGAAGAGCAAUUUUAGAGAGAGAGGGGCGUCGAAACAUCCAGUCACUCUUCAGGGUCUGCUUAUCUGUUUUCUGGGGCCAGAGAUCCAAGCAGUAUCUACACCAGAGUGAGGAAAUCCACAACGUGUUCUCUUUCGAAAAAGUUCAUAUUGAGAACUGUUUAUGCUGAAAUGUUGGCACAACGAUCUGUUUAAUUCAUAGACAUUUCCAUUUGGUAAACAGCAAAAAUGGGAGGGGGUAUUUUUUAAAAAGGACACACUCAAUCACAGGUAAGCAUCCUCAUUUCUUUUCAGCGAAGUAACCAAGAUGGAGUCUAGUAUGUCUUCAGGAAGUUACAUGAUUCAUUUUGCUUAUGGUAUGUGUGAUGGAUUUCCAUAAAUCUUCCAAGCAUCCCUUUCCCCUCCUCCUUCCAGCUUCAAAAAGUUUUGAAUUAUUGGAAUUUUUUAUAGCCUGUGUGUAUCAUCUGCCUGCCACAUUAGGCCUUCUGUCUUUCCUUUGUAACAGCUCAACUUCUGGAUUGACUUGGCAGGCUAAAUAUUGUGAUGAGUAUCUGUUUGAUGUCAUGUUGGUGCUGCUACUAUUUCUUGUACUGAACCCCAUCCCUAGCUUGCCCAAUUCCCUUUAUUGUUUGUAAAUCUGCUUUGGCAAUAUUUGUGCAGGCUUGGAUUGUUUAUUAGUAUGUCUUAAUGCCUCCCUUAAGUCCCUUUUUUAAUUUUUCUAAAGCUGCAGUUUCCAGUAUCUACCUGGAAACCAAUUUCUCCCUUGACUUUGAUAUCUGACAUUUCUGUGUGAGGCAUUAAUGAUGUAUUUGGAACAUCAGAGAAGAAAAUUAAAACUGAACCUGAUUUAUUUAAAUACCUUAUUGCAGUUUUGCCUAUCAGGUUAGCAAUAUCAAACAUUAACAACAGUCUACUCAUUCAGAACAAAUGUAGAGCUGCUACAUGAAAACAUGAAACUGUCCAAAUUUCACCAUUUGCAAAUACAAUCCAGUAGAGAGUCCCAGCUAUUUCUCAGCAGUUCAUUCUUUUUUGAAGGAAAGUAAAAAAAUUAGAGUUUGAAGGGAUCAUGGAGAUCUUCAACCACCUGCCUUAGGGCAAAAAUCCUCUCACCAUCCCUGAUAAAUGACUGUACACUCUUUGCUUGAAAACCUGCAGUGAUGGAGAUCCCAUGAGCCCCAUUAUGCUUAGCCAGGCAGAUAUUCCAAUCCUUUCACUAAGACUAGAUGCAAAGCCUAUUUGGAUUCUGCUCAUGAAUAAUGUCCCUAGUGGCAGCAGGUGAACUUCCUCAUACUCAUAAUUGUUUGCCUGUCUUAAGAUUCCUUCCAGCUCUCCAGACCCAAUUUUUGCAUUGCUACUAUUAUCCAAUUAUACAACCACUCUGGUAGUCGGUGUUUGCUUUCCAUAGCAGAGCUAGCUAAGGGAACAGUUCCCUCUCCAAUGAUGGUACCUACAUUGUUCCCAGAAGGUAGGAAGGAGAAUGGCAGAGAUCAGAAAUGAAAUCAAAGAUUAUGGGAUGUUCCUUCUCAGGGUUAAGUGCAAGAAUUGAAGUUUCUGAGAAUUUGAAUAUGUUGAUUAUAUAGGCCAAUUUUUUAAAAAAAUUACACUGAAGCGUCAACUUUCCAAAUGUUGACUCUCAUUUUGCAAAGGAUGUACUACUUUGCUUAAUUAUUUGAAGCAUCUCAAAUAUUCCACCACCAUCCCUUUUAACUCACUGCUUUGUAGAAGUUCAAAGAAGGUCCACUUCAUAGAACUCGCUCUUUGAAUCUUUCUGAUCUGUUAAUAAGAUUUGCAUUGCAACUGGCUGGUAUUUUGCUCAAUUGCAGGGAGAGUGAAAGAGGCAUUAAGCAGUAGAUGAGCAAUUAUGCCCAGCUGUCGCCUUUAGAGUGGUUUAAAAAAAAAAAGGCGAUACAAGUUGCAAGGCCCUUUCUUGUCCUACAGUUAAUUUGUUCGGGGUUAAUCAAAAUUUAACAAAAGGUACUGUUAACAUCUUAGGGAUUCUCGGACUGGAACAUAUACUGGAACAUCAUUCAGCUCCUCCAAUUUGUACAGCAAGAGUGUGCAUCUUCACUUAGCCCAUCAGCCAUGUUGGUUCUUUGCACAGCACAUACCUCCAAAAUGAGUGGAUCCAGGACCUAUUUUGGGAGAAGGUUCAGGGAAUAUAAGGUAUAAGGCCUUGGGUGCUAUAAAUAUCAAGGUUUGUCCCCAAUGUAAAUGAAAAUUCAAGGAUUUGGGCCCUCUUGCU